CUAACACCUUCUGUUGGACAGAUCCAGCUAACCUUCUGGUUUCAGUUGUUUCCUUGGUUUAGCCAUCAGAAGCGUUAGCAUCGUUAGCGUCAGGAGUCAUUUUUCCAUUUCCAGAGCAGGCCUAGAACCUUUAGAGGCACAGAAAGAUGUCUUCAGUUCAGAAGGACUGGAGAACCACUGCCAGAAUGGUAGAUUCAUGGAAGUAGUCCUCAGACCUGGACUAACCGAUCAGGUGCGGGACAUGAUUGUAACGCGGCCGGACAUCGGUUUCCUUCGGACGGACGAUGAAUUCAUCCUCCGCUUCCUCAGAGCCAGAAAGUUCGACCACAUGGAGACUUUCCGCCUGUUGGCCCAGUACUUCCAGUUCAGACAGCAGAACCUCGACAUGUUCCAGAGCUUCAAGGUGGACGACCCCAGCAUCAAGCGAGCCCUGAUGGACGGUUUUCCAGGAGUUCUGGAGACUCCAGAUCAACACGGGAGAAAAAUCUUGAUCCUGUUUGCUUCCAACUGGGACCAGAGCAGGAACUCCUUCAUAGACAUCCUGCGGGCCAUCCUGCUGUCUCUGGAGGUCCUGAUAGAAAACCCGGAGCUGCAGAUCAACGGCUUCACGCUCAUCAUCGACUGGAGUAACUUCUCCUUCAAGCAGGCCUCCAAGCUGACGCCCAACAUCCUGAAGCUGGCCAUCGAGGGUCUCCAGGACAGUUUCCCCGCUCGCUUCGGAGGGAUCCACUUCGUGAACCAGCCCUGGUACAUCCACGCCAUGUACACCAUCAUCAAACCCUUCCUCAAGGACAAGACGCGCAAAAGGAUCUUCCUUCACGGGAACAACCUGAACUCUCUCCACCAGCUCAUCCAGCCCGAGUGUCUGCCGUCCGAGUUCGGGGGGACGCUGCCGCCGUACGAUAUGGGGAUGUGGGCGCGGACGCUGCUGGGCCCCGAAUAUAACGACGAGACGGAGUAUACGCUGACGUACGACGCUCUGCACGUCAGGGAGAGCUGUGGGGGAGGAGGGGGAGACAAGGACAUGAUGAAGAGGUCUCAGUCGACGGUGGAAGCUGCAGCUCUGCGACAGAUGGACAGAGAGACCAGCACCCCCCUGCUGGCUCUGGACUGAACAGAACCUGGAACCGACGGACAGCGUGAAGCAGACAUUUAAACGCAGACAGAACUUCUUUAACGCCACAGAAACGUUUGGCCAUGAACUGGAUCAGCGUUAAAGCAACAUCUGUCCAGCUGCUAAACAAACAGUCUGGUUGAGUUUUUCUGACUCCUGUUUAAAUGUGGAAAAGCUCAGGAUGAAAGGCGGUGACAUCACAGCGCCGAAUUAUAAACUGAAAUGUGUCCAAAGCGUCUCCAAUCAGACGCUGUCCUCUCAACAGCAGCUGGACAAACACAAACCGCCUGUCUGAGCCUCUAAUUCCUCCCAGAUGAUCCAGCAGCAUCUGUCCACAGGAAAUAACGCCGCCAUCCCACCAACCAGGCAUUAGUGGCGUCUGCCGCACGGCGCCGGCUGCUCCAGGAAGCUGGCUCCAUUUUUAACCCUGACAUCACUUCUGUCUGACGCUUUUCUGUGAGUAGAGGAGCGUUUAGGAACCAAUCAGACGGCUGAGAGGAUCCGAUUGGAGAAACGAGGCUGAAAGUCGAUGUUUGUUUAGGGAUUAAUCAGAACCAGGAGUUUUAUUCAGGUCUUUAUGGCAGAAACCGGUCAGAACCGGCUGGUUUUAUGAGUUUAUCAUCAUUUUGACAAACAUCCCACAGCAUUAUAGCACCUCCUCCAUGUUUUGUACCAAACAAACCUUCUGCUGUUGUUGACAAAGGUUUCAGACCCUCAUGGUUCCGGUUCUGGCUUUGAUGAAUCCUCCAACUGAUAGACGUUCUGGAUCUGUGCUGAUUUUUCUGGAAAUCUGUGAGAAAACUAAAAAAAAUGAUCUAGAAACAAGUUAAAAUUUCCUAAAUUAAAUGUAUUUACCCUUAAUUUGAGAAGAUAGAUGAGAUAGUU